AUGAGCUUAAAAAGGAGUAACACCCGGUUUGGGUUUCUUAGAGCCACCCCUGACUCCGACGAAAACGGGUUGAAUGGCACGGCAUCCCCUCCCGCAUCAUCCGACAAUGAUCCCCCGCCAAACAAGCUGAGGAAGAGGAUACAAGAAGAUGAAUCAUCACAAAAGAGUCGCCGGCGCUUAGGGGAGAGCGUUCGGGGUAGAAGCAGAUUCCGUGCUCCAGAAGCAAUUCAGUCCCAGGAUUCGUCACCCUGGGAGCGCCUCCAAAUGCGAUUUAACCUAACCUUAAAUAAAUCAGUUAUCAUUGCUACUCAAAACGACGGCCUCUUUGUUGCUGUGAGAAAAUUCUCUGAUGAUCCAGAUAUAGAGAAGAAACUAGACAUGCUGAGUCGAAUUCGAAACGAGAAUUUUCUGAAGUUUUUAGAAAGCUUCAGCUUUGAAGGAUCUCAAUAUGCCAUCUUUGAGCAUGAACUCAACAGAGGCGAGAAGCUGCCUAUAUGUCUCAGCCACUAUGCCACACUUGUAACCUAUCCUACCGAGUCACAGCUUGCUGUGAUACUUCGACAGAUCCUUAGCGGUCUCGAAUACCUUGCAUCAAAAGGUUUAGAGCAUGAAUAG